CAGGUGCUGUUCAAGAUGUUCCUAGGCAGCGCCAACCCUGGAGAAGUGGCUCAUUUUCUUUUCUUUCAUCUUCAUCUCCUGUGUGCCCCUCAUCCUGUAUUUCACAAGGGUAGAGCACUGGGGCUCACUCUCCUCACUGCCGUGGGGAUACAUGUGUGGACUGGCAGGACUGUGGCUGGUGGUCAACAUCCUGGUCAAUGUUGGUGUGGUACUGACUUACCCCAUUCUGAUCUUUGUUUGAAUGACGACUUGUACGCACAGAUUCCACAGAUAAGACCCCGAAAAUGGUGCCGCGCUCCCACAAUGCAUUGCGGCGUGACGUCAACUCAAAGCCCUAUAAAUAGAGUGCACCCCUUUGGCCUCUCCCCUUUUCUACAAUUCACCUGUGGGAGAGUUAGGUGUCAUUUCUUUCCAACACGAACGCAUAGUCAUGCCGCUCGGGAGGAACGCGUUAGUCGGGCUGGCUGUCGGGGCCACGGCCGGCUUGGUUGCCUUCGUUUACAGGCUCUGGCACAGCAGGAGGAGGUCCCAGACCCUUGUACUGGAGACACGGCCAGCGGAUGGAGGAGCGCUGCUGGGGGACACGCUGGAUGCCCAGGGAAGGAGCAGGGAAGACAAGAGCAGCGAGCACGGGGUGCGGGGACACACAGGCGCGGAAGAGCACGGAGCACAAACUUGUGGGUGAAGACACGACACGGAAGUCAAGAGAUGGAGGCCCAGCAGCAGGCUCUGGCAGCAGUGGAGGCUGUGGUUCAGGGACUUUCCCCAGAGCAGCAACUGGAGCUCAGAAACCAGCUGGACCAAGUGCUAUGCUGCGUGGCAUCUUUACGUUCAGAGGUAGCUGAGCUCAAGGAAGGUCUACAGGUCAUUGCCCAGCAGAUCAUUCAGGAUGUCAAGCCUUUGACUGUGGAUAAUGUACCCGUGGAUCCACAACCUCGCUCCUCAGACCCAAGGGAAUAGCUGUCUUAUAGCGGGAUUAACAGCGCAGUUGGAAUCCUUUCACUUUAAUAAAUGUGUCUGUGACUCAAA